AUGUUUGCUGAGGAACAGCAGUGGUUGUGGACAUCACGUCAACGCACUUAUAUUUUAACGGUAUCUGAGAAUCCAAACCGUGAAGAGAAAAAGGAAGGCCACCAAUGUAUUAGUGUUGCAAAGCAACCACACCGUAAAUCUCCACGAACGGCAGCGUCAGACAAAUUCGACGAGCCCCAAGUUGUGGUAGAGCAGCUAGGACGAAGCCGGAAAAAAUUAUAUUCUGGCAGUGACACAUGCAGGCGCAGUUCGGCUGCGUUCGCUUUCGCAAUCUUCGAAGUUGCUUUGCCACGAGAUAAAGAGUUUGUUCGAUAUACAAUAUUUCUUAAUGAGAAUGACCCGAUGAGUCUUGACGCAUUUGAUGUCCCUGGUGCUCUUGAUGAUCAAGGUUUUGAGCAUGCUUGUGCCAUCAUUUGGAGCGGAACGACUUGGUUCUCUCCUCUUUGUCAGCCCGUGGUCUAUCUGGAAACGCGAAUCUGUCCUUUAAAAGGAGAGUACCAGUGGGAUAUUGUGGUUUCACACCAAUUAUACUUUUCUACGCGCGAGAUAUCUGAGCAUCACAAUGUUGUAUUGGUUGACUUUGGUAGACUCAUGAAAACGACGUCCAUGGGUGUUUGUGUCAUUGACAACAUUUCUAAUUGUCUUCCAGCUAAGACGCGUUUCAGGAACGUGCAAUUGCAUUUUGAAUUGUGGAUUCAAGUGGAAGGCAAAGCAAUCGAAGAACGUAUCGAUUAUCGAAAUUUCCGCCCACUGAAAUUUUCUCACCAAAAGUCAGGAUGA